AUGGCUCCCACCAACUAUACAACAUCGUUUAGUUGUUUCGAAACUAUGAAAAUGGGCCUGGGGUCUGGAGACUUUGACUAUCCGUCGCUGAAGAAGCUACUCGACAACACGACUGCUGAAGUCCUACUUCCGGGCGACGGUGAAGAGUACGAAAAGAGCAUCGAGAGGUGGAGUGAGCACUGCAUAAAACGAGCUGCUGCUGUAGUCCUAGUCCGGUCCGCCCAUGACGUCUCCGCGGUUUUAGCUCAAAUACGCGAGCACAGAAUCCCCUUCACAGUCCGCGGGGGAGGCCACAGCACGUCUGGAGCUGCGUCUAUCCGAGAUGGCAUCGUCAUCGAUCUUUCCAAGAUGCGCGAGGUGAUUGUCGAUGUGGAUGCCGAAACAAUCAAGGCAGACGGUGGGACUAUCUGGGAAGAUGUCGACGUUGAGGCUGCCAAGUUUGGUCUUGCAACUGUAGGUGGCACCGUCAACCAUACCGGCGUGGGGGGCUUGACUCUGGGAGGAGGCUAUGGUUAUCUUACAGGAAAGUAUGGCUUAACGAUUGAUAAUCUCUUGUCCGUUGACAUUGUCCUCGCUUCUGGUGAACAAGUUGUCGCGUCAGCCACCUCAAACCCCGACCUAUACUGGGCUGUGCGAGGCGCAGGUCAGAACUUUGGAGUAGUGACGGCAUUCACAUUCCAGGGUUAUCAACAGAGGAGCCAUGUAUUUGCGGGGCCGCUGGUUUUCCUUCCGGAUAAGCUACCACAGGUCGUUCAGUUCGCAAAUAAGUUUCAUACUACCAACGACGGCAACCAAGCGAUGCUCAUGGGCUUCUCUGCCCCACCACCGGCGAAUGCUUCGGUUGUAAUUUGCCAGAUCUUUCACAAUGGUAACGAGGAAGAAGGAAACGCCUUCUUCGCCGACUUAUUUGAACUCGGCCCAAUAGCGAACAUGACCGCCAUGAUUCCCUACCCUCAACUCAACAGCCUUCUUAAUCAAGGAGCCGGCUUUGAUGGACGUAAGCUUUUCGGUGGUGGCGCUUUCAGACUCCCCAUGGACCCAAACUUCGCUAUGCAGCUUCACGCUGAGUUCAAUGCUUUUGUGGCGUCGCAUGAGCGAAUGAACGAAAGCAUGAUGCUUUUUGAAGCCGUUCCUUAUGAGAAGGUCAUGGAGAUUGCCAACGACAAGACGGCUUUCUCAAAUCGUGGCGAUUACUAUAAUGUGGCUGUGAUGAUGAAAUGGUUCGAUCCUUCACUCGACGACGAAAUUCGUACCUUCUCACGAAAUCUUCUCAAGAAAGCCUCAGAAACCGCCUCGGAACGGUCAAAGGAUGGUGGUGUAGGUCAGUACGGCAAUUAUGCAGCUGCCGAUGUUGAGGCGAACGAGAUCUUCGGCGCCAACGUGAAGCGACUCGAGGAACUUAAGCACAAGUACGACCCCGAUAACCUGUUCAGUCAUGGCACAAAAUUGACUCCGCGUCCCUUGGUAGUGGUGAAUUGA